AUGAUAGAUGGACAUAACCAUAGGUUCAACAAUGGCGAGGAAACCUUCGAGAUGAGAAUGAACCAAUUUGGUGAUAUGAGUCAAGAAGAAUUUCGUCUAAUGAUGAGCUUGCAGAAAGACCAAACUCCAAGUCGCGGCGAUAACUUAGCAUUAUUGGAAGACAAUGAAGAUCUACCGAAAGAAGUAGUUUGGAGAGCAAAGGGCGCUGUCACCACAAUGAAGGAUUAG